AUGGACGUGGCACAGGCAGUUUCCGGCUACGUCUCUCGCAUAAUAUCCUCGGCCGACCCUUCAUCGACAACCCAGUCGGCGAAAAUGAAGGUUCUACUGCUGGACCGGGAGACAGUUCCUAUCGUGUCCACAGCUAUCACCCAGUCAGCGUUGCUGAACCAUGAGGUCUAUCUUAUCGACCGGAUCGACAACUCCAACAGAGAGAAAAUGCGCCAUCUCCGGUGUCUUUGCCUUCUUCGCCCGUCACCCGACUCGAUCCAGCUCCUAAUCGACGAGUUGCGAGAGCCUAAAUAUGGCGAGUACCACUUGUACUUCACCAACGUCGUCAAGAAGUCGUCUCUAGAGAGGCUCGCCGAGGCCGACGACCAUGAAGUCGUCAAGCUUGUUCAGGAACAUUUUGCCGACUUCAUUGUCAUCAAUCCCGAUCUGUUCUCUCUCGGUCUCGGCCUUCCCCACCAGCGUCUCUGGGGAAGCAACCCGGAAACUUGGAACCCCGACGCCCUUCAAAGAAGUGCUGACGGACUCGUCGCCGUCCUACUCGCCCUCAAAAAGAAGCCUUUGAUUAGGUACGCCAGGAACAGCCCUCUUACAAAAAAGCUGGCAACAGAGAUACGAUAUCGCAUCACACAGGAGGAACAGCUUUUUGACUUCAGGAAGGUGGACACACCUCCUAUUCUCCUCAUUCUUGACCGGCGCGAAGACCCAGCAACGCCCCUGCUCACCCAAUGGACCUAUCAAGCCAUGGUGCAUCAUCUACUCGGCAUCACCAAUGGCCGAGUUGAUCUCAGUGACGUGCCGGAUAUUCGUCCGGAGCUCAAGGAGAUCGUCUUGUCACAAGACCAGGACCCUUUCUUCAAGAAGAACAUGUACCUCAACUUUGGCGACCUAGGCGGUAACAUCAAGGAUUACGUCGAACAGUAUCAGUCCAAGACGCAGAACAGCGCUAACAUCGAAUCUAUCUCGGACAUGAAACGCUUCAUCGAAGAGUACCCCGAAUUUCGCAAACUCUCCGGAAACGUGAGCAAACACGUCACAUUGGUCUCAGAGCUGAGCAGGCGGGUCGGCGCCGAGAACCUGCUCGAGGUCAGCGAACUUGAGCAAAGUCUUGCGUGUAACGACAACCACGCAGCUGAUGUAAAGAACAUCCAAAAACUAAUUCAGUCACCCAGGGUGACGAGCGACAGCAAGGUUGCUCUCGUUGCUCUUUAUGCGCUGCGAUAUGAACGCAACCCUUCAAACGCACUUCCCAUGCUUGUUGAUCUCUUGGUAGCGGCUGGCGGUGUUUCGGUACGGCGAGCGGACCUUGUCGCCAAACUUGUGGCAUAUCAGUCCUCUCUACAGCAGUCUCAAGCUCAAACAGGCAUCACAGACAUCUUCGAGGGUGCCGGCAUCUUCGGAGGUGCCAGCAACCGGUUCAAGGGGCUCAAGGGCGUCGAGAACGUUUACACCCAGCACAGUCCCCUGCUUGAAAGCACUCUCCAGAACCUGAUUCGAGGAAGGCUCAAAGAGCAACAAUAUCCCUUCGUCGAAGGCGGGGGUACCACUCGAGAUAAGCCUCAAGAUAUCAUCAUCUUCAUGGUUGGGGGUGCGACGUAUGAGGAGGCCAAGACAGUUGCAACAAUCAACGCAAGCUCGCCUGGAGUGCGCUUGGUCCUUGGAGGUACAACGAUCCACAACUCGGCAACAUUUCUCGAGGAGGUCGAAGACGCCGUGUCAUCGUGGCCCGAGAGUCAAAAACCGGGGGCGAGGCGAUAG